CGCAAGCGCAAUUGCAAUCGCUGACAAACGAGCGCCAUGUUGCGUGUAAAUGACACUUGACGAAACCAACUGUUAAGUAGAUAAAGGUUGAGCAAUUACAACCAUUGUCAGACUUCCACAUCCCAGACCAUACCAUCUCAUAAUGGCACCCAAGAUCUUCCUUACAGGCGCAACUGGCUAUAUUGGUGGUGAUACUCUCUAUGCGCUCUAUAACAAGCAUUCGGACUACGAGAUCGCAGCUCUUGUCCGAUCAGAGGAGAAGGGCAAGCCCGUAAAGGAUGCUUUUCCGAACGUUCGCCUCGUGAUCGGGGAUCUAGACAGCUCUGAUCUUAUUGAAGAAGAAGCCGCAAAGGCUGACGUAGUGAUUCACACAGCUGAUGCAUCGGAUAAUGAGCCCGCCGCAAAAGCCAUCGCCAAGGGUCUCGCAUCUGGUCACUCGAAAGAGAAGCCCGGGUUCUGGCUGCACACUGGCGGUGCCGGUAUCCUCUGCUGGGAGACCAUGCGCGAUGACAAUAAACUUGGAGAGCACUCUGACCGAGAGUAUAACGAUUGGACAGCAGUCGAGGACCUAACUGGAUUACCCGAAGACGCAUUUCACAAGAACGUCGACGACCUGGUACUCAAAGCUGGCUCCGAUUCCAUUAAGACAGCAAUUCUCUGCCCACCGACUAUUUACGGCCGUGGAAGAGGGCCUUCGCACCAGCGUUCUCGCCAGGCCUACGAGCUUGCUCAUCUAAUCCUGACCGGCGGCUACAUCCCCAUCAUCGGCCAAGGAAAGGCGCGCUGGAACAACGUCCACGUUGCCGACCUCGCUCAAGUAUUCGUCUUACUGACCGAAGCCGCCAUUACGGGUAAGACUGACGCCGAGCUUUGGAACGAGAAGGGCUACUAUCUUGUCGAGAACGGCGAGCACGUCUGGUCCGAUCUCGCGCGAAGCAUGGGCAAGAAGGCGGUGGAGUUGGGCCUGUUGAAGGGCGAGUUGGAGGAGAAGAGUUUGGGCAAGGACAAGGCGCUCGAUCAGGCUGGGUUUGAGGCCGUGAGCUGGGGUUUCAACAGCCGCGGCAAGGCGGUACGCGCGAAGAAGGUCUUGGGGUGGGAACCGACCGCCCCGGUAAUCGAUGACACGAUCGAGGAGAUUCUGAAGGAUGAGAAGAGCAGGCUCGAUAAGAAGUAAUUUCCCAUCUGCGUCGCACAAAUUCACCCACCCGCAACCAUACCACACGUUUAUCGUCCUGAGUAUCACCAUUCUGCGUCUGUCGCUCUUUUGCAUCAAUCAGUGAUUGUAGGGACCAUAUUCUCCAGGAAUUCAGCUUGCA